AUGACGGUCAGCAAAUGGCUCACAUUUGGCCACGUGCUUUUCAGUCCUGCCCGCGACGAUAUGGUCAAAGCUGCCAGUCCUCCCAAUGGCCACUCUGUGCUUGUCAUUGACGGGCUCGGAAACGACGAUUGGUCGUUUUAUGCCGCCGAGACGUACCCUGCAGCGACAUUUUUCAACCUGUCGCCGCGCGCGCCUCUGCCUGUUGACCAGAAAGCCGGUGCCACUGCCUUCCCCCUGAGUCCGCCCAAUCACCACCAGAUCCAGUACACGUCCCACGCGGACAAACUGCCUUUUGGCUCAGAGCUCUUCACUACCGUUGUUUUCCGCUUCCCGGACGCCGGCCCUGAAAGUUAUUACAAGAAUAUUGUCAACGAGGCUCGCCGCGUCUUGAAGCCCGGCGGCUACCUGGAGCUGUCGAUUCUGGAUGUUGAUCUCAACAACAUGGGGCCUCGCACCCGACGUGCUAUUCGCCGGCUCAAGGAGCAGGUUCACAGCCACACGCCAGAUAUGCAUCUGGGCUCGGCUGCGGACGCCAUUGUGCGUCUUCUCGGCAAGCGGGGCUUUACGGACAUCAAGUCCUGCCGCGUCGGGAUCCCCGUCGCCAGCACCAUUCAACGGCCAAAGAGCGACCUAGUGGCUGACGGCGAUGCAAAGCAUGCGCCGGUCGGAACGACGGCCAAGCCCCCGAAGGACCAGCGCAGCCUUGCCGAGAUGAUCAAUGACGAAAGCCCCGUUGCCGACGAGAACAUCACGAACACGGUCGCGCGGGUGGGCCGUUGGUGGCACAGCCGGUGCUAUGGCGAUGCUGCUCUUGAACCGUCACAACGUUCAGCGCCAAACACAACGGGCAGCAGCGACAUGUGGAUGGACCGCGCGCUGUUGGCCGAGUGUGAGGGGUGGGGGACUAACCUCAAGCUCAUGGUGUGCUAUGCCCGCGUACCCGACAUCAAGCGUAUGGCGAGCAUCUAA